AUGUUUCGGAGUCCAAACGGAGCGCCGAUGUUCGCGGAUGUUCAAAGCCAACUGCCGGCCCCCAGAGAGGAAGAGCAAGCAGAUCGUGAGCAGCAACGUCAGAUGAAGGACGACCACACAGCUAGGAUGGCGGCUAGAGCGUUGUCCUUGUCACCGCUCCUCAGCCUCCCGUACGAGCUAAGGCAAAGGGUCUUCCAGUAUGUGUUCACAGACUCGUCGUCGGAAUUCUUCCCUCACCAACAAGCGUGCUCUCCAUCAAGGCUUCUCGGCAUGGUGGGAGGCCAAUACAAGAUCUCUGGUCUCGGGCCGCGCGAAAAUGCCGUGAACAAUAAUCUUGUGCAGCCUCUUCUUCUCUGCCGCCAAAUCUACCGGGAAACACGCUUGAUGCCUCUCCAAGUCAAUCGCGUCAAGUGUCCAGCAACCAUGGGAUCCAAUACCUCGGCAACAAAGCGCUUCUUGGAUGCGCUGAUGCCAUUUCAGCGGCGAGCAAUCCAACAGCUGGAAGUGCACCUGCUUGCGAGUGUGACGGAAGCAUGGUCCUUGAGGUCGAUUCUCAGGUCAAUAGCCGGCGUCACGGACACACGAAGUGACCGCGGCUUGGGAAAGAGUGGUAGCCGCGCUGAUCUAGAGGUUGGCUGGGAUGAGAAAGAAAAAGGUGGCCAGACCCCCAGCAUAGACUCAAACAACUCGACGGGCGACAGCAGCUUGAAGGAAUUGACAGUCCAUAUCACCACACGAGAUCUGCUGUUGGCGCAGGCGGACUCGACGGUAGGGUUGCUGCACAUUCUGACAGUGGCUCCUUUUUCUCAAGAUCAUCCUUCGACAGCAUUUGCGUAUGCAGCGACAUGGGUCACCGAGGGCCUGGUUUUCCUCAAAUCCCUUCGAAAACUGACCGUUGUCAUCGAGUUCAGUGUCUCUGUUGCCACGCAGGUCACUGCGACCGACAGAAACCACUUUGAGCACACGCUGAGAUCGUCAUUGUCGAGUGUCGACGUGACGGUGGACUGGAGAAUACACAGAGAGAUGAUUCUCGGAAUAGACGACAAUGAGUGGGUUGACUUCCUAUGGCUGCAAGACUGGGCCAUAACUGCGCAAGGGUAG